GUCAAUCAGAGCGUUCCAAGAGCAGGCAAAGAAACUUUGGACUGACAGACAGACACCGGUCAGGGAGAGAGGCAGAGUUGAUCCAGGGAAUUCCUGGCAUACAGUGGAGAGGAAGGACUUUGAAUAUGCUUCAGAUUCACAUGAAUAAGGCAACCCCUUUAUGAGGAAACCUCUUGACUUGAAAGCAACUUCACAGAGGAGCGUUCAUCCAUCUACCCCAACCUUCCCUUGAAAAGUGCAAUUUCUGUGGUUUAAUAUCCGUUUCUCUUCAAUCAACAACCACAGAAAUUACCUCUCACUUGAAGGCAAAUUCCAGCCAAAAAUGCUUUUAGUCCCAUCCUUUCUCAUACUGAUCCUCGCCUGCCCUGCCCUCCUGACUCAAUCCGGUUCCCAGAACCUACGGACCGGGGGGCAAAGGGGACCCAGGGACACAAAGCCAGAAGAUGGCAGGCACCCGAUCAAAGUGAUCUCAGAGACAUGUUUUCAGGGGGACACAUCGGACUCCGGUCCGACCCAGGGCAAGGAGCUGAACCUCGAGCCUGGUUCUCCUUUGGUCCUUACCCAUCGGAUCCGACUGAUUCCUGGGUCGUGCGGAGGUGGGUGCGAGGCCGAGUUUGCCUCUCUACGAGACCGUGUGGAGAGACUGGAAAAGGAGGUGUCUGCCCUGAGAGAGAAGUGUGGAGGGGCAGAAGGGGGCUGCUGCACUUCCCAGCAGAGCAAAGGUGCUGGAUGUACCAUCAAGCCGGAGACUGAUGACUGUCCUAACGAGUGCAGUGAUCAGGGACGUUGUGAGGACGGCAAGUGUCUCUGCUUUCCAGGGUUCAGGGGGCCCGACUGCAGUUUGUCCGACUGCCCCGGGAACUGCAAUGACAAGGGAAAGUGUGUGAACGGCCAGUGUGUGUGUGACCCAGGUUUCACAGGGCCAGACUGCUCUUCAGUGUCCUGCCCCAGUAACUGUAACAACAAGGGACAAUGCGUCGAUGGACAGUGUGUUUGUAACCAAGGUUUCACAGGGCCGGACUGCUCUUCAGUGUCCUGCCCCGGUAACUGUAACAACAAGGGACGAUGCGUCGAUGGACAGUGUGUUUGUAACCCAGGUUUCACAGGGCCUGACUGCUCUUCAGUGUCCUGCCCCGGUAACUGUAACAACAAGGGACGAUGCGUCGACGGACAGUGUGUUUGUAACCCAGGUUUCACAGGACCUGACUGUUCUUCAGUGUCCUGCCCCGGUAACUGUAACAACAAGGGACAAUGCGUCGACGGACAGUGUGUUUGUAACCCAGGUUUCACAGGACCUGACUGCUCUUCAGUGUCCUGCCCCGGAAACUGUAACAACAAGGGACGAUGCGUCGAUGGCCAGUGUGUUUGUAACCCAGGUUUCACAGGACCUGACUGCUCCACCAAGGCAUGCCCUGGUAAUUGCAAAAACAGGGGAAAGUGUGUGAAAGGCAAGUGUGUGUGUGAUAGCGGUUUUACGGGCCCAGACUGUUCUACCAAGCCCUGCCCUGGAAACUGCAGCAACCGUGGAAAGUGUGUGAAUGGCCAAUGUGUCUGCGAUAGCGGCUUUACAGGGCCGGACUGUUCUGCCAAAGCAUGUCCCAAUAACUGCAGCAACAAGGGAAAGUGCGUUAACGGGAAAUGUGUAUGUGAAGUGGGCUUCACCGGACAGGACUGUGCCACCAAGAGCUGUCCCAAUAACUGCAGUAACAAAGGGCGGUGUGUGAAGGGAAGGUGUGUAUGCCAGCGUGGUUUUGCCGCGCCAGACUGCAUGCAGUGUGAAUCUGGGUUCACUGGAGCGGACUGUGGCACUGCCAUGUCUGGUGUGUCGCAACUCAGAACCAAGGACAUCACUGAAUCCUCAGUCACCCUCUUCUGGACUCCACCUCCAGUCCAGUAUGACACCUACCACCUCACUUUCGUCAGCCAGAAAGAGGGCGAUCAACAGAUAACAUCCCAAGUUGGAGGCAAGCUCACCACCUACACCCAAACAGGCCUGGCGGCUGGGCAGGAAUACACGGUGACAGUCAAGGGAGAAAUAGAUGGGAAAUUGGGUGCUAACAGCACAGCAGAAUUCACCACUCUUAUCUCUGGUCCCACAAACCUUCGAGUUGUCAAGACAACCACGACAUCCGCAGUCGUACAAUGGGAACAAUCGCAGGGGGACAUUGACAGGUAUCGCUUAAGUGUUGAACCCCAUCAGAAAGACGGAAAUGCCAAAGGUAGACAAGAGUUAACCCUGCCUCCUGAGCGGGACUCAGCCCAGAUUGAUGGUUUGGACCCGGGACGUUUGUAUGACAUCACACUGGUGGCAGAAAAAGGCAAAAUCAAGAGCAAGCCAGCAACAGUCCAAGUCACUCCUGGAAAAUCCACAAAAACAAUAUCCAGGAAGGCAAUAGAAACUGCGACCUCACACAUAGCAACAGGAGUACGAAUCCACAAGGGACAAGCAGAAGGAAAUACAAAGCCUAUGAGGGUUAACAAGAAGACCACAGGUGAAGGGCCAGAGAUGACAAAGACUAUACAAGGACCAGGCUCUGGAACAGUUUAUGGCACCAACAGAACCAAAGAGAACCCUUCUAAUUCAACCAGUACAAGACUUCUUGUCAACAAAAAAGAAAAGGUUGUACCUAAAAUCAAUGGUAAAAUAACCUUGAACAGGCGACCACAAAUUGGAGACUCGAUCCGCUUUAAUGGUACAAGAGUUAUCCAAGGUGUGAGAAGAGUGGGUCAGAGUCUCCUACAAAAGCCUGCAAGCAGAAAUCCAAUACUGGGCAUCAAAAAGACUGUAGAUGAUGAGUCUAAACCAAAAAACCCAAUUGCUGGUGACAAGACUAAGGCAAUAACUGUUAAAGACACUAAACUGGAGAUAAAUCUUCGUGGAGAAAAUAGUGGAACUUUGACCAAGACACAUCCUGCUGUAAUCCUUCCUGAAAUUCCUCACAUAAAGGACCUAUCAGACACCAAACAUGGUAGAGAGACCGAAAUAAAUGGACCAGGACCCGGGAGAGAGGGCUUGGAACAUACAAUCACUGGUCACCGAUAUCCAACUGCCUCUUCACCUUCACUAGAAUCACCAGCUUCCAAUAAGCCACAGCCUACUUCAGCUCCUCCAAAACCUGAUCAAUCAAAGGCUGGUAAGGCAUUGUCUGUUUCCCCUGCCCGUUUCUCAACCCUGCCUCCAGAUGCUCAGCCAAAGAGGCCACCAGUGUCCUCCAAUGAAUCAGAACAAAGUGGUAAAGGAGACCAUUCAGCUUCUGUCAAUUCAGAGGAAUUGCACUCCACCAAAGAUGGUGCUGCCGUGAUAGUGGACGGUCACGACACAUACAGGGACAUAAUAGGUGGCAGGGUACGGUCUAGCACGGAACAAAACAAGACUCUGACAGUGGGCGGCACAUCACCUGUUCGCCAAUUACCUCCAAAGUUGACUCGGCUGCCACGCCCAUACCCAAAUAUGGGACCAUUUCAAAACAGGACCCGAUCAUACCCGAGACCUCCUCAGCAUUUGUCAAGAGGUCCCGUACGCAGUCCUCUCCCGCCUAAACAGAUAAACAGAGGCGACAACAGCAUUAUCAUUCAAACCACGCAACCGGGGGGAAAGGGCACCUACAGCACCACACAGAACGAGACGAGCACAGAUCUGACACCCAAAGAUCUACUCCAGAGAAAAAAUGCCACAGCUACAGCGCAAGGUUACACCCAUCGGAGAAGUGAGGAUAGCUCCCGCCAAAUGGGCCACAAUUCAAAAACAGGACAUCAUGACUUUGGCAGCCUAGUGGAUACAACUGCAGUUUCAAGAGGUAGUCCAAACCAGAUAAAUGGAUCAGAUGUCCCCACUACCAUAACAAAUGGCCAGCCUCUAAUCUCAGUAGGGGUUCGAAGCUUAACCUCUGGGGGUUUCAUACUCAUUUGGGGAGCACCAGAGGGGAUGUACAAGAACUUCAUAGUAACAAGAGAAGAACAAGGUAGUAAGAAGGAGGCAAAGAAAGGUAAUGAAGAGGAGGGGGAGGCACAAACUGAUAAGGAGAUCAAGGGGAAUAAGGAGGUGAGCGAAAGGGAGGUGAGUCAGGGUAAGAACGGAGGGGAGGAAAAGAGUGUUUCCAACAGGAGAAAUGAUCAUAAUGGUCAGCGCAGCAACAGCAAUACUACAGCUAAAGUUGAGAGAAGAAUUCUCAAAUUCUCCAAAGUCCUUCCGGGGUCGGCUCGCUCAUUCCCAUUCAAGGAUCUUCAGCCGCAGACCCACUACUCCUUGUCUGUGUUUGGGAAAGGUCCCGGAAUACGCUCGAAAAUUCACAGACUCAUCGUCCGUACAGGUCCAGAACCUCCCUCGGGUCUUCUCUUCAGUGAUGUGACAGACACUUCUCUCUAUGUGUCCUGGACCAAGCCAAAGAGUCCAGUGAGUGGCUUCAAGGUCACCUACACUAACACAAUGGAAGGGGAGCCUGUCUCUGUACUGGUGGACCCUGGGGAUUCCACCCUGCCACUGUCCAAGCUCACUCCGGGGUCCUCCUAUGAGGUCAGUGUGAUAUCUAUUCUUGGACAGGACGAGAGCGAUACAAUCAAAGACCUGGUUGUGACACUCCCUGACCCUCCAACGGACCUCCGGGCCAUUAAUGUCACAGACACCAAGGCCUUGCUGCUAUGGCGACCAGCACUAGCAACAGUCGACCGUUAUGUCGUAGUUUAUGGCUCUGAAAAAGGCUCAGAUGAGCGGAUGAUCACUGUGUCGGGCAACGCAGCCGAGCAGCAGCUGAAGGAGCUUCAGCCGUCCACCACAUACACCGUCAGAGUGACCAGUCAGCUGGGCAGCCGGGACAGCUCUCCCGCCACUGCCGUCUUCACCACCACCAGGGGGUCGGACGGGGAUGUCCUGCGUGACCUGGAGGCCAGUCAGGUGACCGCUCGCUCCGCGCUGUUGACGUGGAAGGCCCCCUCAGCCGCGGUGGGAAGCUACAGGCUGAGCUAUCAGACCGUGGGACAGGAAAUUCAGGAAGUUACCGUUGACUCCACAGAAACGGAGUUCAUGCUGACCAGGCUGCAUCCCCUAUCCAAGUACACUGUGCAGCUACAGGGAGAGAGGGGAGGAAGCCACACGGCUGCGCUUUCCACGGAGUUCACGACAGGGAAUCUCCGAUACCCCUUCCCAAGUGACUGUUCCCAGGAGCUGCUGAACGGGAUUCGUGAGUCUGGAGAGGUAGAGAUCUUCCCCAAGGGAAAGCAGGGCAAACCACUUUUGGUCUACUGUGACCAAGAGACUGAUGGGGGCGGCUGGACGGUCUUCCAGCGAAGGAUGAAUGGGAAAACUGACUUCUUUAGAGGCUGGAAGAACUACAGCCGAGGGUUUGGAGAACUAAGUGGGGAAUUUUGGCUGGGUAACGAGAACCUACACGAUCUAACCAGCGUGGCACCGAUGACACUACGCGUGGACUUGCGCGUAGGGGACGAGUCCGUGUUCGCCAAGUACUCCACGUUCUCAGUGGACACCUUCAGGAGGAACUACGCGCUCAAGGUGUCCGGGUACAGCGGCACGGCGGGUGACUCUAUGAGUUACCACAACGGACGGCCCUUCUCUACUAAAGACAGGGACCCCAUGCCCUUCAUCACCCGCUGCGCCAUGUCCUACAGGGGGGGCUGGUGGUACAAGAACUGCCACGAGGCCAACCUGAACGGCCUCUACAACACCAACGUCCACCACCAGGGAGUGAUCUGGACUACCUGGAAAGGCAAAGAUUUUUCCAUCCCUUCCACUGAGAUGAAGUUCCGGCCAGCAUCGUUCACUCCUCCGGUUCAGGGAUAAGUGGUGGACCAAUAAUUAGAAGGGGAGAAAGGCACACUAUUAUUAACACACGCGCGCACACACACUCAAUCAUGCAUGCAUGAACAGUAUGCAUCUAUUAGCUACCGUUUGAAAAUGUCUGUGCCUUGCUCUCCAGACUAAAGCGAUCAGAUUUUUUCAAAUGUAUAGAGGACAGUAACCUGUAUGUUACUGUAUAUUGUACAGUUUCUAGAUUACCUUUGCAAUUUCCUUUUUUUUAUUAUUCUUAAGUGUUGUGGUACCCCUCGUUUCAGCUGUAAAAAUGUAUGCACUGUCCCCUCACUACGAUGAUACAACCGUGGAAAUGAGCGGGUGAAUAAUGAAGAUUUUUGUACUGGACUGGUAAUUAUCAAGUUCCUGUGUUUGUCCUUGGUCUUCUUGGAUGUUGAUGUAUGUAUUCUCAAAAUGUGGUACACAAUAAUAAAAGAAUGGUAGCAGAUGCUGCCCAUUAAAAGUG